AUGGGGGAAGCGAAACCUGCUGGUCCUCUCCCCACUCAGGCUCCACCUCCCGUCGCGGUGGCGCGGGCGCCCCAUGUUCCUCAACCUUCGGAGCAGCUCCCGCAGCUCCACUUCUGUAUCCACUCCAACCCUUCUUGGGGUGAGUUCUCUACUUCUCUCCUCCUCUCCUAUCCCACCUCGCUUGGGCCACAGUUUUCGCGCGAGUAAGAUUUCGAUUUUUUACACGCUCUGCGCAGACUUCCAGUUUAAUUACUGGUCCUUUCAGGGGGUUUGGUUUUUGAAUCUCUUCCCUGUUCUCCGCUGUAUCUAUCUCUCUUUAUCCUCCUCGUCUCGUCCGGGGUAAUAGGGUUUAUGGAAGCAGGUUUGGGCACCGCGGUUUUGUCUCCCGGAUUCUGACUCGUCACCUCUCGGUCUCACCUUAGACCACCACGGGCGGGCUGAAGAGGGAAUUUUGGAGAUUCAUUCACUUUUGAUGUUUCCCGCGCCUCCCGAUUUGAUCCUGAAGUUGUCAAGAAGACUGUGCGCCCGUAUCUUUCUAGGGUUAACGAGCAACGACGACUUUUCCGUCGGUUUCUGUAUCUAUCGAGGACCUUCGUUCCUCCCCCAACCUCCCCCUUUUCUGUAAUCGGUGCUCUCUGUUUUUUUUUGCAGCGAUAACCUUCCUGUUCGCCUUCCAACAUUACAUCGUGAUGUUGGGCUCGAUCGUCGCCAUUUCUACCAUUCUCGUCCCCCAAAUGGGCGGGGAUUAUGUAAGCGUCCGACCCGUCGCCAUCUUCUUCCUGCCCUGGGAUCGCCAUCUCACCCCUUUUAUGUGUAUGCCUUCCGGGGCGCUGAUCGCUCGGAUGCGCUGUUGAGCAGAAGGACAAGGCGAAGGUUAUCCAGACGCUCCUGCUCGUGAGCGGGUUGAACACGCUCCUCCAGACGAUCAUCGGCACGCGGCUCCCUACCGUGAUGAACCCUUCCUUUGCGUUCAUCGUUCCCGUGCUGUCCACUAUAAAGGAUCUCCAGUCCCAGACUUUCGACAACGACCACAAGGUGCGCGCAGUCGCCUCACGCUUCUCCUCCUCCUCCUCCUCGCAUGAUAAGAACAGCUUAUAGAUAACAUCUUUGCAGUGAGACCCUCUGUUCGCUCUCCCCUUACCGUCGGAGGACUACUCCGUCUGGUCUAAUCUAUUUUUUAGGUUCCUGCUUUCCCACCUCGCCAUUGAUCCUCUCUUCACCAUUGCAACAGAGAUUUAUCCACACCAUCCGGACCGUCCAGGGCUCCAUGCUCGUCUCUUCGCUCGUGAACAUCGUGAUCGGAUACAGCAGGCUUUGGAGGAAUUACGCGCUGUACGUUGUUGGCUACUAUCUACUAUGGUCUGUUCCGGGCGGGUGCCCCUCCGCUCCCCCGGUAUCCAUCUACUAACACCAUCGUAUGCUCUUCUUUCCUUGCCCGUGUGUUUCCCCCGACCAGAUUCUUCACUCCUCUGAGCAUGGCCCCUGUCGUGUGCGUCGUGGGCCUCGGCCUCUUCGGGAGAGGAUUUCCUGAGGUACACCGACUGGGUCACCCUCUCCCUAAUAUCCUCCUCCUCCACCACCACUCUUAGCACGGCGCUAACAUCUGUGUUGGGGCAACUCAAGCUGGCGAAAUGCGUGGAGGUUGGCUUGCCGAUGCUGAUUCUGCUGUUCCUGCAGCAGGUGAGAACCUCUAGAGAGAUGCUGCUGCUGCUCUGGCACACUCUUAUGCUUAACAUUCAUUCGUCUGGCAAUGUUUGGUCGACCUCAUGGAUGGAUGGAUGAUCUCAUGCCAGUAUCUCAAGCGGGUGAACGAGAAGGUGCAUUCCUGGUUCCAGAGAUUCGGCAUACUCUUCUGCAUCGGGGUGGUCUGGUCCUUCGCCGCCGUGCUCACCGCUGCCGGAGCGUACAACGAGGACGGCGAGAAGACCAAGCAGCACUGCCGCGUUGACCGGUCCUAUCUUCUGACAUCUGCUGACUGGUGAGCUGAGAAACCCCCGCUCUUCUUUCGUUGGCCCGCUUCGUGCAUUCCAUUCUUGAAAUUAGCUCUGUCCAGGAUUGGAAUCCCGUAUCCAUUCCAGUGGGGCGCUCCGACCUUCAGCGCCAGCCAUGUUUUCGGGAUGAUGGGUGCGACAUUGGUCUCCGCUGUCGAGGUGAGGCCUAAUAAGUCAACGAUUCGUUUUGUGGAGACGCAUCUCGUACGGGUUUCCAUGAUCGGGAUGUUGACCCUGCAUGUUUUUUCUUCAUUUUCAUUCUUCGUCUCUUCUGGGUAGUCCACCGGCACGCAUUAUGCGACGGCACGGCUGUCCGGCGCUACGCCGCCCCCCACGGAGGUGAUCACUCGCAGCGUCGGCCUGCAGGUUAGUCUUCCUUCUGUCCUUCUGAUGGGUGAAGCUCUGCUGACCCACAGCAUGGUUGGAGGGGUUGGAAGGGGAAGAAUGCAUGGGGUUGAGAGGGAGAGAGGGAAUCUCUCCCUGUAAUUUGCUUCCUGUUUCGAGGCAUCACAGCCUGGUUUUUUCGUCUGCAGGGGGUGGGAAUGCUGAUCGAGGGGAUCUUUGGAGCGCUGGUCGGCAGCUCCGCGUCUGUGUAAGCAAUGCCUGAUGGAGUCCGGUCAUUCGUAGAUGAAAGCGGUUCUUCGGCGAUUUGCUCGUUUUCCCCUUUUGCCUGGUCUUUUUCCGGCGUGAGGCGCCGAAGAUGAAGAUCCGGUCGUGUCUGCCUGACGUGCAUAUUCCCUCGCGUAUUCCGUUUGCGUGACCGCUGGAAUUUUGGUUGUGCAGUGAAAACACCGGCCUGCUUAGCCUCACGCGGGUAGCGAGCCGGAGAUCGGUGCAGAUAUCGACUGCCUUUAUGAUAUUCUUCUCCAUAUUUGGUGCACUCUCUCUCUCUCUCUCUCUCUCUCUCUCUCUCUCUCUCUCUCUCGCUCUCUCUUUCUGCGUAUGAUUUCGCCGUGGAGCCCUGUUGGUCCUCAAGGACUCUCUCUCUCUUCUUGCAGGGAAGUUCGGUGCCUUCUUCGCGUCGAUCCCGCUCCCAAUAUUCGCCGCCAUAUACUGCGUUCUCUUUGCGCUUGUGGGUGAGUCUGUCUUGCACUGGGCAUCACUCCUCGGCUCUCUCUCUCUCUCUCUGUGUCUCUGUGUUUGGACCCUUCUCCAUCCCCUCUGCAUUCUUCUCUCUCUCUCAUCCUCGGGGAUGCUCCGUCUUUUUGUACCUCUGGUGGCAGCGGGCGUCGGCAUCUCGUUCGUCCAGUUCACCAACAACAACAACCUGCGGAACCAGUACGUGGUGGGCAUCUCCCUGUUCCUCGCCAUAUCCAUUCCCCAGUACUUCAACGAGUUCACCACCUCCGCCGGCCACGGCCCGGCCAACACCAACGCCGGAUGGGUAAAAGUCAACCACCCUCAGGCUCUCUCUCUCUCUCUCUCUCUCCCUCUCUCCUCUGACUUGCCCACCUCCUCGUGCAGUUCAACGACAUACUGAACUCCAUCUUCUCGUCGGCGCCGGCGGUGGCGAUGGUGGUCGCCACCGUCCUGGACACCACGCUGCUGGAGGGGAUCUCGGCGGACGACAGGGGGUUAGGCUGGUGGACCCGAUUCCAGAAGAUGGGGGCCGACGCCAGGAACGACGAGUUCUACAGCUAUCCCGUGCCUAUCCGCCCCUUCAUUCCCAGGAGACUCUUCUAA